UUGCUGACAGUUCUGUGCUGGUUCGGCUGAGGAGCUGUGAGCACCAUGGGCACCGGGGAUUACAUCUGCGUGACCCUGCGUGGCGGUGCGCCGUGGGGUUUCUCCCUGCAGGAGGGGGAGGGGGACACCUACAGACCCUUCCUCAUCUCCCAGUUAGAAGAAGGUGGUCGAGCCUCCCUGGCUGGAKUCCAGGAGGGUGAUGAGGUUGUGUCAAUCAACGGGGAGCCGUGUGCCGAUCUUACCCUCUUACGAGCGUUUGCUCUCAUCGAUACGUCAAUCGACACUMUGCAGUUACUUGUCAAAAGAUACCAUUUCAUCCCUUCCGAAGACACGUGCUGCGGUGAUAGGACCUCUUCAGGCGAGGUUUUAGAAAGCACCACCCUCCACAUCUUCUCUUCAAAGCCAARAUCCAACGUCCCCGGGAAGCUCUACACAUCUGAGUCCCCUAGAGAGGCCUAUGGUCAGGAGCUGGACAACGAUACAGAAGUUCCCCAGAAACCAGAGCAACAUUUAUCGGRCACCUUGGGAGGCCAUGAGCUGUUGCACAAGAAAUACAAUGAAGAAGUACGACGGUGCUUCUCCCCUGGAGAAAUGGUGGAGCUCCAGGUGUCCCUGUCUGAGCAAACCUUGGACGACGGGGGAUGUUCCUCCCUCGGGAGCGCUCGUGGGAUAGAGGGGAAGCUUUCGAACCGAGAGGUGCUAGAAACUAUUCGCACCACCGCCAUAACAUCCCACUACCUGCCGUGCUUCGCCAAGGAGCCGCUCGGGCAGCGUGGAGUGGUGGUCUGCUCCCCCUUGACGCUGGGCCAGACGGAGGUCAUCCUGCAGCAGCCAGCAGAAGCAUCGGGAGAAGGGAGGGGCAUCCUGAGCAAGGGGGGCCCCGGGGUCAGUGAUAGUGAAGGAGGGCAGUGCGCCGGUGCUCCUGGGUCCUUUACCAUCUCAUUUGAAAUUCCAUCAGAGGAGGCAGCGCCGGGAGAAGAGCAGGACUCGGAUUCUGACGGGGAUCAGGAGAAACCCAACAAGCACCGGCCGAGGCACUCCAGGCUCAGGCGAAACGAGAGUUUGUCUGAAAAACAAGUGAAGGAAGCUAAGUCCAAAUGUAAACGCAUUGCUCUCCUUCUAUCGGCUGCACCACCAAACCCCAAUAAUAAAGGGGUGUUGAUGUUCAAGAAACAUCGUCAGAGAGCCAAAAAGUUUACGCUUGUGAGUUACGGCACAGGAGAGGACGAAUCGGAGUUCAGUGACGAAGAGGACGAGAUUUACGGAGACGACAAACACAAAACCCUUGCUGGUGAAUUUACUUUUGAAGCUUCUACCGACUGUAAAUCAAACAGGCCAUUCCUUGCUCUUCCACCAAGUAGUACAGGUGUAAUAACUUUAAAUUUGGAUAAGAGUCUUCUUGAAAUUAAAAGUGACUUGAAUAAUCAAGCAGAGAUGGAAUGUUUGCCUGAAACCAAAGGCAAGGGUGCAUUAAUGUUUGCACAACGGCGUCUGAGAAUGGAUGAGAUUUCUGCUGAACACGAGGAACUUAGGCGCCAAGGGAUACCUGUGGAAGGAAUGCCAGAGACUGAGAAGAAAAUGGCGGAGCACUCUUACAUGCAGUCUGCAACAGAGGGUCAUGCUUACAUGGAUGUAAAUAUGCACCAACAAAACCAACAGCACUACCAGCAAUAUCAAGAGCAACAGUACUAUGAGCAACAACAGAACUAUCAACAACAAUAUCAACAAUAUCAGCAGCAGCAGUAUGAUCAAAGAGAUUAUCAACAACAGCAAAUAUAUCAAAACCAGCAGGAAUWUCAUCAAGAGCAACAGCAAAUGCAGCACUAUGCUGCAAACAUCAAUGGCACGGUCCAACAACAAUCCAACGAAAUUCAGAGUUCCUUCACCAAUCGUACUGCAAAGCCUUUUACWGCAGAAAACAUGGUGGCAACCCCUUAUUCUCAAGCAGCAUGUGGGACCAAUCAAGAUAUGAGUCAAGGAGAGCAGAUAGCUUCCCGCGAUGAGCGCAUUUCUACUCCUGCAAUUAAGACGGGCCUGUUAGACACAAGGAGAAGGGCUGUUGGCAAACCUAUGUUCACAUUUAAAGAAGCUCCUAAAGUAUCACCCAACCCUGCACUGCUGAAUCUUCUUAACAAGGGUGAUAAAAAAGGGUUUGAAUCUGGACCUGAUGAAGACUAUCUCAGCCUUGGGGCUGAAGCUUGUAAUUUUCUUCAGUCUCAAAGAGUUAAACACAAGAUUCCUCCACCAGUUGCUCCAAAACCUAUGAUCAACCCCAACUCUCUUCCUUGGACCUCUCAGAUAGAAGCAGCCAACCAGGACAUGCCUCAGUGUGCUGAAAAUAGUCUAUCCACACCUGCUCCAGCCCCCACCUCAGAGACAGUCCCUGUUCUAGAACUAGAGCCAACCCCUGCACCUGCCCCUGAGUCUUCCACCCUUCCUGCAGCCCAAGAGACUCCUGCCAACACCAAUACAGCAGAACAGUCUGCAUGGACAGUCACAGAACCAGAGGCUCAACAGCAGCCUCCACAAGUGACAGUUCAAGAGGCAAACAAUCAGGUGAAUUCUGCUCAGCAGUCUGAAACCUCACAGAUGUUGACCUGGGGAGCAGUACAAGCUCAGCAACAGUCAUCUUCUUGUUCUUGGCAACCAGUACAAGUGCAGCCUCAGAACCCAGCUCCACGGCAGUCCUCACCGCAGCCACCAUGGGCAACACAUCAGCCUACUCAGAACCAAGCACACCUUCAGCAUCCCACAAAUACUUGGGCCCCACAAAGUCAGCCAUCCUGGACUCAACCAGCGGAGCAAUCACAGGGCCAUGCAAAUCCUCAGCCACCCUGGGCUCAACCUCUAGAGCAACCACAGUCUCAGGCCCAGGUUCAGCCACCUUGGGCACACAUGAAGGAGAAGCCACAAUUGCCACAAAUGCAGACAACUUGGAGUCAAGUUCAAGAACCAGUGCAACCGCAGCCCCCAAACCCAUGGACUCAGCCAUCACAAAUACACUCACAACAGCARCCACCAUGGGUGCAUGAACCUCAACAGAAAGCACAAGCUCAACCUCCUUGGGUUCAACAGGCUCAGCCAGAAAUACAGCCACAACCACCUUGUGUUCAGCAACAUCAUCCAGAUUUGCCACAAUCAUGGCCAAAGUCUCAAGCUCCAGGUCAACCUCAACCAUCUUGGGUCUCAGGUCAGUCUCAGCAGCAACCAUCUUUUAAUGCAUGGGCCCCAGCACAAACGCAAGCCCAAUCUCAGCCACCUUGGAUCCAUGGAGCUCAAGUACAACCUCAAGUACAGGCUCAAGUUAAUCUAAAUCCAUGGGCACCUGUUCCUAUUCAAGCCCCAUCCCAACCUUCAUGGACUCAGCAUCCUCCAGAGCAKGGUGGUCAACAGCAUAUAAAUCCUUGGGAUCAGGAACAAAAUCAGCCCCAGCAUCAGCCACCUUGGGCUCAACCAGUUCCUUCCCAGCCCACACCACAACCAAGCUGGCAACAGUCCUCUCUAAACACCUCACAACAACYACAAAUUAAUAUGUGGCCUCCAGGCCAGUCACAACCCCAAGUCCCAGGAAAUGACUGGAGACCACAGUCACAGCAAACACCUUUGAAUGUCCCCACAUCUACAGUGAACAUCCAACAUGUUCCCACAAAUAUUCAACCCUCCCCUAAACCUUGGCUUUCACGACAAAUUGCACCACAAAACCAAACCCCUCCUCCUCCACCCCAGCGAAUGCACUCCUUUACAAUUGGACAAAGGUCUUCAUCACCUAUCAACCCAAUGGCUACUGUCUUGAAUCCUAAAUCUACCCUGGGWUCAGCUUAUGAGAUGCCACUUGUCAGAGGGAAAGGAGCUGAUAUGUUUGCAAAGAGGCAGUCUCGCAUGGAGAAGUUYGUCGUGGACUCGGAGACUGUAGAAGCAAACAAAGCAAGCCGGUCAACGUCACCAGCCGCUUCCUUACCAAAUGAAUGGAAAUACACACCUAAUGCACUUGGCAGGAGCUACUCCCUUUCCCCACUAGCCAGGGUGCCGUUCACAGGCCAGAAAUCAGCUUCCGCUUCUUCUUCUCCCAAGCCUCCAAGCCGAUCCUCCAUAACUCCUCCAGCAAGGCAGACAUCAUGGCUGGAAAAAGGCUUCAAACCUCUUACCCCCUGGGAGGCGGCCUCCCGCCACCCCCUGGGCCUCGUGGAAGACGCCUUCGCUUUCCAGGACCUCCAGCAAUCCCUCGCUUCAAAUGUCCGCUUGGCAGCGCAGCGUAAAAUGCUGCCUGACGUGCCAGCAGAGUGGAAGACCGGGGUCGCUUACCAAGCCCCACUGAAAACGGGCGGCCAGACCUGGAACCGAAGCCRCAGUCAGAGUCAAGCACCAAUGCCGUCAUUUGGGUCUCCAACAAGAAGCCCUGUUUCCACUCCAGUGGGCCUUGUUGGUUACAGAUCCCUGCCCAGACAGUGGCAGCCUCAAAAGUAUGUGGCCGAGGCAAAUCAGAGGCCUUCAGUGUCUUCGUCUCAGAGUAGCAGGCCAUCAGAGAGGCAGACUUACAAGUCUGUGUACACCAGUAGUACCUGGAGCUGGCGGCGAUAGAGUAAGAAGGAAAGUCUUGGUAUAAUAGAUUCCACAAACAAGCUURACUUGCAGAUUGCUAUUGUGUUUUUUAUUUUAUUUUUUUUUUUAAUUUUUUGCUAUUUCUCAAACACUUUGUGCUGUUUUGCUCUUACCUUUAUAUAAAGGGUUUCAGAUUAAAUGGAUUACUUCGAAUGCAACAGUCAAGUAAGAAAAGAGAUUGUCAUGUGGUUUAGAUUAUGGAAACUUACCAAACAUCACUGACAUCUAGCUGGUUUUCUAUAGGUAGAAAAUUUGGCACCAAAUAAAAGGGAAUUUUGCCUGAAAUGUGGUAUAAGAUGAGGAACUGAGUAUGUCGUUUCCAAUGAAGAUGAGAAUGAAUGGAUUGUGUAUAUAUACAGUAUCAUUAUAUAAGGCCAAAUCACCCAGUCUUGCUUCUACUCAGCUUGUGAUCACUCAAUGCACACCCAAAGAAAAUGUGUCCACAUUGAAGCUGAAGCUAAUUAAGACAUGAACUUCAUAAUUUGAAUUGCCAAAACAUUUUUCUUCACAGGAUCCAAUUUUUAAUGAUGUUUUGCCUCAUAAAAAAAUAACAUGAAGUUGCCAAGUGUGGGAUAAAUUAAUCCACUUUAUACGUCUUUUUUUUUCUUUGUUUUGAAUGUUGUUUUUUUUCAGUUCAGUUCGGUUUGAUAUCCUUUGCUGUGUUGCUUUUUUUCAACGUCUUAGAUGUGCUUUGAGUUGUUGUGAUUAUUUGUCUUUACUUGUUUUGUGUUCAUUCCGCUGAGCUUGAGGACAGGAUUAAAGAUGUUUUCACAACAGGAAAUCAGAAMGUAAUUGGCGGUGCCUUCGCAAUGAGACUUAAAAGUUUAGGAAAAGGUUAGCGCUACCACUCAUGCUGAUCGGAUUAUAUAAGCUCUAAUAAGUGAGAUACAUUUGCUUAUUUACCAGAAGCAUUUUAAUUGGUGCAGUGUGACCACUCAUUGCRUUCAUGCUGUUUUAAUAAAGCCAGAGAAUAAUUUAGGUGGAAUGGAAAGCAGAUAAUAACAAAGGCUAUAAAUAAAUGGUUGUUUUUGGUGAAUGAAGGGUUGCAGAAAAGAUGUAAAAGCUUUGGUGGUUUUUCUCACACAAAGUGUAUAUUCUGAUAAAGCACGUACUGUAACAUAAGUAGAUUUAUCACACUGCUGUCAGAAUAAACUAUAGAAGCUUCCAUUCGAACAGUUAGUGUUAAGAUCAUAUUAUAAUACUUGCUUUUGUUCCAUCCAAAUUUUACAAAAAUAAACACUAAACUACACUGAGAA